AUGCAUCCCUCCGCCCCUUGUUGUCUCCCCUUCCUUUCUGCGACCAUGGACACGACCGACUUCAAGACGCCACUCGUCGCUGCGCUCAUCCUCGGUGUCGCUGUCUCGCUGUUCAGGGCACAGCAGCGUGAAUGGGCCCGCGACAAGGCUGUUCCCGCUGUGGGCAAUGCCGCACACAACCCGCUCGCGUACUACCUCGACCUCGUGCGCUUCCUCGGGGACGCACGGGGCAUGCUCGCCGCGGCGUACGCGAAGAAUCCCACGGGCGUGGUCCGCUUCCCGACGAUGUUCCGCUGGGAGUACGUGGCGAAUGGCGCAAAGCAUGCGGCAGAGAUCGCGGCGGUAAGCGACGACGUGUUGAGCUUCCACGAUGCCGUGUCUGAUCAACUGCAAAUUAUGUGGACCAUGGGCCCGAUCCUCGUUCACCCGUGGCACAUCAAUGCCGUCAGGACAAGCAUGACACGCAACCUGGGCCGGUGCUUCCCUGCAGUGCGCGACGAGAUUGUGCAUUCCUUCGACGACGUCCUGGGUCUCCGAGGCACAGAAUGGACGACGCUCCCGUUCCUGCCUGCCGCGAUGCAGAUCGUCUCGCGCGUGAGCAACCGAAUGUUCGUCGGGCUUCCCUUAUGUCUGCCGGAACCCCGAUUUUGUGCAGCUGAACAUCGAUUACACCAUUUCCGUCUUCGCGCGCGGCCAGAUCCUCAGGAUGUUCCCCGAGUUCAUGAAGCCGCACGUCUCUCUCCAUCGCCAUGUCAUUCCACCCCUGACGAACUCUCCAGGAUCGUCGCGCCGCUGCUGUCCUCGCGGAAGCGCUCCCUCCGCUACGCUUUGAAGUUCCUCGGGCCGAUAUUGCAGGAACGCAUCGACGCGGAGAAUGCAUGUGUGCAAGACAGGAAGGAUCGCCCAAACGAUCUGAUCUCGUGGCUGCUCGAGCACUGUCCGGCGGACCAGCGUAACCCGGCCAACCUCGCGAUGCGCAUCCUCGCGAUCAACAUGGCUGCGAUCCACACCUCUUCGACGACGCUCACCUCGGCGCUGUUCGACCUGACGGUCCACCCGGAGUACAUUGCGCCGCUGCGCGAGGAGGCGGAGCGCGUCGUCAACAAGGAGGGGUGGACCAAGGCCGCGCUCGGGAGUAUGCACAAGAUCGACAGCUUCCUGCGGGAGAGCCAGCGGCUGAGCGGGACCGGCCCCGUCAGCAUGGGCCGCAAGGUCGUCGCGCGGGAGGGGUUCUCCUUCGCGGACGGGACGCAUAUUCCGUGCGGCGCGGUGGUUAACAUGGCGGGGUGGAGCUCACAUACGGACCCAGCGCACUACGAAAACCCGCUUGAGUUCGACGCCUUCCGGUUCUCCGGCAUGCGCGAGGCGGACGCCGACAGGAAGAGCCCCACGAAGCUCUUUGCGCGGCAGAUGGUGUCCACGAACCCGGAGCACAUCGUGUUCGGGCACGGCCGGCACGCGUGUCCGGGGCGCUUCUUUGCCGCGACGGAGCUCAAGGCGAUGCUCGCGCACAUGCUCAUCGAGUACGACGUUGAGGCGGUCGUCCCGGGCGAGGCGGGCCGGCCGCGCGACGUCGAGUUUGCGCUGCUGAGGAUGCCGAGCAUGAGCGGCGAGGUGCGCAUUCGUCGGCGGGAGAAGGUGUAG